CUUGACAGGCAGGUCUCACAACCAAUAAGUUUAACACUACAUGUUAAGAUUCUUAAUCUAUACUAAAUAGAAACAAUUUUCUAUUAAAAAGGUUCAUCGUAGUUUUUUGAGAGUUUUACUACUUGAAACAUUUUUAAUUGGAAAUUUAGAUAUAGGAUUUAGAUAAAAAUUUUCUAGAAUAUGUAGCAGAGCGGGUUGAUUGUUUUUGCCUUGUGUAAACCCGUGUGGAAAGUAUGUAAGAAGAUUUUGGAGACAAAAGUUAAAUGCAAAAUAUGACGAUAAUUCUCCAUAACUUUACGAUCAUCCUUCUUGUGUAACUGAAUAAUUUUAACCAUCUUUUAAAGUAAAAUAGUUUCUUUUUGCAGCACUAACCACUCCUUUGUAUUUCUUUAUAUUUUUUUAUAACGUUUUCUGUUUUCGUCAGUCUUAUUUACCUAUAAUUGAUUUCAUAUUUCUUGCUGACGUUGGAAUGCCCUUGGUUAGCCAAAGUGUGCGUCUAUUUAUAUCAAAGUAAGUUAACAUCCUUUAUCUCAAGAACUGUGGUCUUUUGGAGCCACACCCUCUUGUAAUUUUGAGUACACUUAAUUAACAUUUCGUAUAUUAUUACGUCAUAAAAAAGACUAAAAUUUUGUUGAACUGAAAGACUUCUCGUCAGUUGGGCAAGCACGAUUUUCUGGAUCUUCAUGGUCUAGGAAAGUCCCAAAGGUUUUUUUUAGGUCGCGCUUAUUAACUAAUUAAUUAAUUUCACAGGAAAACGUUACUUAUCAAAACAUCUUUAAUCGUAGAUAAUAAGCACUCGUGUUUAUAACCGAGAUUACGCAGACCCGAAGUACUAUGACAAAAAAUUUAAUCGCUUGGUAUAUGCGGGUGUAAAAAUCGCGACAAUGGAAAUAAUCCAUGGGACAGAUAUUCUUUCGAAGGGAAAAAUCAAACUCACUUUGAGGUACAGCGUGCAGCGACAAACUCUUGUGGUUACGGUCCAUCACAUCGAGGACUUGCAUUUCGACGACACAAAAAGCGUUUACGUGAAAAUUUACAUACUUCCAGAAAGACAUAAGGAAACUAAGAGAAAAACUAAGAUUGUAAAAACCAGCAAAAAUCCCGUGUUUGAUGAAACUUUCGAAUACGCCAUACCCCAAGACGAGUUUGAUAGCAAACAGCUUGAAGUGUUGGUUGUGGAAGAGAGAUUAGUUGGCCAUCAUCCAAUCGAAAAGGUCCUCAUUGAUUUGGACAAACUUGGCUUGGUGCUACCUUACACUAGAUUGUUUAGAUUAUCAAAGACCCACUGAAUCGAAUCUAUCGCACCGGGAAAACCAUAACUAACAAAAAAUUUGAAAAUAUUGAUUGAUUGAUUUUUUAAUCAAUGGAGUAUAAAUUUUCAGCCAAUUUCGGUGAUAUCAAUAUUAUAUCAACUUUUUGCUAGUUAGUGUUCCCCUAAUAUAUGAAAAUUUUGCAACACCUUGUGGAAACUGAAGUGCCCCAUUUGGCCUCAAUUCAAUUCUUUUAUUAUACUCAUUUAAUUCAUUAAUUUUUUAAUGUUCUUUGUGUAACAAUACAAUCAACAAAACAAAAUAGUGCUUAAAAUGAACAUUUAUUUAACUUUAAAAAUAUAUCACAUAUUUUGCUAAAUAUUUUAACUUAUAUUGUUGUUUUUUUGUUUAAGUUGUUCGAUUUCUUUUUUUUGCCUCCAUACAAGAUUUUGCAACAGCCGGAUUCUUUUAGAUUUCAAUAGAUCUAUCUCAGCCAGUUCUUGUAGUUGUCUCUUUAGUAGUCUCUCUUUUGGACUAUCCUUGUCUGACGGAAUGAAUAUUAUUUGUACCUGAUUAACCACUUCUCCUUUUGGUGGUGCGGUUUUGGUUAUUUUUUUAACGUGUUGAUUUUUGCCACAUGAGAUUGUGGUAUUAGGAAUUAUGAUCUCAGUUUCUUCUUGGCUAGGCAUAUCAUCCUCAUCAUCAUCUAACAAAGGUUCAUAUUUUAUUUCAAUAACAUCUUCUCUGUUUUCCACUUUUGCGUCACUCUCGCCUUUAUUUGUCUGAUUCACCAAACUAAACUGUUCUGCUCUACUUAUAUAGUUGAUAGGCUCAGCAAAUACCAAAGAUCCUGCAUUAAUAUGAUUGCCAAUUGUUACAAGUUUUUGUGGAACAC